AAGCAAUCGCGAGCAGUCGGUGCGAGCGCGAGCAGCCCCGCUUUCGCCCUCUCUCGUUCUGCAGCGCGCUACAGGUUUCGAAGCAUAUGGUUGAUUCCGCGACGUUUCACGCUAGCUGUGCCACCUGUUCCGUCCCACCGGUAGCUUGUACACACCUCACGCAACCGUUCAUAUCGAUCUUGGAACGCUGGCGUGUGUUCAGCUGAGCGUUGUGUGGCCGAGAGCGUCAGACCAGGGUGUUGAAUGUCAAAGGCUUCAUCUUGCAGUUCGGCAGUGUGUUCCUUUCGGACGCGCGAAACCUCGUGACAGCUGACAUCUCCGCCGAUGUCCAAUAGGAGAGUGAUUACAAACUCUUGCGGUGCUGGAGACUGUGAAUAUGUACUGCUUCAGGACGCAACAAUGAAGAUGGAACCAUAUGAUUGUGAUCUGAAUGUCGGCCAGGACCUACGAGGUUUCACUCUUGGCUAUGGAGUGACCCAGCUGCUUGGACUGAGCUGUGUCCUCAUGGUGGUGGUUUGGACAAGCCACUACUUCGGCGGCUUCUCUGGCCCCAGCAAUCCCAAGACUGAGUUCAACUACCACCCAGUCUUCAUGGUUCUGGGCAUGAUUUUUCUUUAUGGGAAUGGCAUCCUGGUAUACCGUGCACUGAGGAGUGAGCGCAAGUCACGCCUCAAGCUGCUGCAUGGUGCCCUGCAUGCCCUGGCUUUCCUGUCUUCAGUGGUGGCUCUGAAGACUGUCUUUGACUCACACAACCUGGCCAGUCCACCCAUUCCCAACCUCUAUUCACUGCACAGCUGGAUGGGGCUACUCACAGUGAUCCUCUUUUCUGCACAGCUACUGUGUGGAUUCGUGGCGUUCCUGUUUCCUGGAGUGCGCCAGUGGUUGCGAGCUCAGUACCUGCCUCUGCAUGUCUACUUUGGACUGGCAAUUUUCGUGCUUGCUGUGGCCACUGCACUAAUGGGGAUCCUGGAGAAGCUCAUCUUCACGCUGAAAGCAAACUACCAAAUGCUGCCUGGAGAGGCUGUGCUGGGCCACAUGAUAGCGGUGUGCAUGGUGUCCUUUGCCACCAUGGUGGUGUACCUGACAACUCGAACAUCAUACCGUCGAACGCCUUUGCCAGAGGAGGCGGCCCUGCCUUUGCAAGCGCACACACCCACUGAUUGAUGACCGAACUGAACCUAAGACCCGGCCAUUGCUUUGAGAACUGCCCCUUUUGAUCUGAUUUAGUAUAGAGGUAGCUUUCACGCUGACAAUACCGAUCUCUGAACACAUUGCAAGAACAAUAGCAAAAUGUCUUGGGCUCUAAUUGACUGGCCUGAUAGUUUUGGUUUGAUCUCUCCUGUUCUUUUCAAAAGUCCUCAUAAACUUAAUUUUUAUUGCUCAUGGA